UGUGUGGGUUGGCUGGAAUUGCAGGGACCAUUUGAAGUAAUUAAGACAAUCCACAGCAAACUGAAGCAUGAGAUAGACUGCUGAAUUUGCACCUUUCUGGGAUUGGUAUCAGUUUGAUUCAGAGAGAAAGUAGAUUGAUUUAUAUAUUUUUUUUGUUGUUGGUGUUGUUGUUGUUUAAAGGCUUGGAAUGAAGGGGACAAGGAAAUAGUGAAAGCAAAAACUUGAAGGACAAAGUUAAUGUCUAGAAACAAAUAGUCCCAGAAUGGAAAUGCAGCAUAGAUGUUACUGUGUAAUGCAAACAAGCAUGUCUGCAUGAAGCAGAAAGUAGAAGCAGGACCUCAGAGAGCUGUCAUAUCUGUCUGAAGAUCUAGAGCAGGGGGUGAGGGUUGUGGACCACUUUCAGCUACAAAACCUUGGGGGAAAAGUUCAGUUUGUCAGCCUCAUAGCACCAGACAACAUCAUGUCUGAAGAUCAGAAGCAAGCAAGUUUUCAGGAUUUACGUCAGCCAGGCAUGCAGGACACCAUCCGCCAGCAUAUGGGUGCUACCCUAAAACUGGCAAAAACAAUGGCUGAGUUUAGUCAAAAGAUUGCUGCCGUCCAUACCCAAUUUGCCAGCCAAAUGCAGGCUUCAGUGGAAAUGUUCAAAAAAAGGUCACAUGAGUUAAGAGAAAGCUCAGUAGAGAUGCCCAGUAUAAUGCAAACGACAUGGGAAGACUUAAUACGAGAGGUGGAGGUAGAUUCAUAUAUGCACACUGAUCUCGCCAGUAGGUUGACCAAGAAUGUUUACCAACCAUUAAUGGAUCUUGCAGCUUACAAAAGAGGUCAUGUAAAAAGGAUGACAAGUUUUGGAGAGCACUACCUAUCUUUACUACAGAAGGCUGAAGCAGAUUUAGACAAGGCAAAUAAAAAUUAUGUAGACUGCUUUAUAAGAUAUCAAGAAAAUAAAGACACAUACAAGCUGCAGUCAGCCUACCACGUUGCUCACAAUGAAUACCUCCUCCAGCUCAAGUCCUUCAAUCAGCUUAGCACUGAGUACUAUGACAUGGCCCUGCCUGGACUGCUACAGGAGUUGGAAGAUAUUGAAUUAGACACAGGCCUAGCACUGAAUGGGGCAUUGGAGAGUCAUGUGAUGCUUAUUCUUUCCAAGUCCAAUGAGCAGUACAAGCGCUAUGAGGGCAUUCUCCACCUGUGUAAGCAGCUUGAUCCCAAAGUGGACAUUGUCCACUUUGUGAAACACUUAAAACCACAGCCAUUUGUGAUAGACAGUGUACUACAGGAAUUCCGCCCACCAGAUCCCAACUCUGGGAACAUCGAGAAUCUACUUGAUGAUCAGUUAAUUCUCAACAGAGGAACCCAAACAGUUCUCGAUUCCAAACAGAGUAUUCUGGAGAAGCAAGCAGCCAACCUGUUGUCUGAGAUCCAGUUCCAACAGGAAUCCAUCGCAACUCUCACAGAAGAAUGCAAGAAGAAUAUUGCCAAUCAUCAAUAUGGUAAGCUGUAUGAAAUCCAAGAAGAACUAUGCUCUAAGAGGAAUGAAGUGAGAAUUGCCAAGAUGCAACUUGCAGCAAUCAAACCCCAAAUUGAACUGUUGUCACCCAAACAGAAUGGAAACAUGAGUAGCAAGGCCAAAGAAGAGAAAGAGGCAAGCAAGCCCUUGCACAGUGCUGGAUCUAUCAAAAGCAUGUGGAAAAAGGCAUUCAAGAACCUGAAGAGGAGUAGCAGCACCAUUGAAAAAACACAGACAGCAGCUGAAAAAGAUGUGGAAAAAUCCACGGAAGACGAGCAGCCAGAGAAAGAGGCUGGAGAACCAGAAGUUGGGAGGUCCACAAGGCUUGGGUCACUGAGGAGGAGCUUAAUGAGAAAAAAGCCAUCAAAGGAAGAGGAAGAGGAAGAUGAGCAGCCAGCAAACCACGAGAUCGACCCUGUUUACAGUCUGUUGAAGUGUGCAGGCAAUCUUCCCAAAAACAAGGGCCACAUUUGUGGCGACAGCUCAUGCAUGAUGCAGCACUCACCCUCUGGACAACACAUUUACUCACGCAGCAACUCAGCCAUGUCCACCGGCAGGACUAGUCCCUCAUCAACCUUAGCAGUCCAACAAGAUCAGGCAUAUGGUGGAAAACGGAGUCCUGACCACCGCCGUUCCUCUGUCUCACAGCCCAUUUCACACAAUCUAUCAUUCCCGGAAAUCUACUCAGAGAUUCAGAGGGAGAGACGGAAACUGAUGAUUGAGGCUCAUCACCAGCAUUCGCAAUCCCUCACUGACUCUGUAGGGAGUCUCAGUGGCAGCGAGGACGCCUAUAAAGUUGAUUUUAGUUCAUCACAACAGUCUAGAAUUCGGCAGAGAAUGGACAAUCAAACCAAGAGCUUUUCGUUGGACAGCACCCUCGAAUCUGACCUGGAAUCUCAACAUGAACAAGGUUCUCAAGAAAAUGUUAAAUUCAAAUCUUAUCGUUCUGGUUCACAGGAAGCCUCUCGCGUUCUGUCUGCACCAUAUCUUGAGCAGAGUAACUAUGGUGGCAGCCGACGACCACCCAUGUUAAACUCCAGGAUGAAGAGCCAAUCAGCUGAUGAAAAAGCUGUUGCAAAUUUAGCAGGGAGACGAUGUUCAAUUACAAGACAAGAUGCAUCUGUGAAACCGUGUGGAGUUUCAGAAAUACCUGCACCAGGACCGCUGUUGGGUGCUAAUGGCAGUCGCAGGCGCAUUCCCAGGCUGAAUGAGAGAAUGAAAAGUUUUUCAAUUGAUGUACCUGAUGCAGCCCAUGUUAUGUCUGAUCCUGAAAUCAGUAAAAGAUCCAACACUCUGAGUCCUUACCAUGAGCGAAAAAAAUUCACAGAUCGUACCAACUCGUUGGACGACCCUGGUUAUAUUAGUGUAUCACAAAGCAGCCACUCUCCCUCACCACACCCAUCUCCUCCUCAAAGCAGAAGGAAGUCAAAACUGUAUCUAUCUCUGUAUAAUUGGAGGGGAAGUGAAAGGGGAGAUUUGGAAAUCAAGGCUGGGUGGAGAAUCAAAGCAAUAGAAACCUCUGAUAAUAACUGGUGGAAAGGAAGGUGCAAUGGAAAAGUAGGAUACUUCCCUGCCAAAUAUGUCACUGCUGUGGAACCAGAUCAGAAGGCAUACAUUGUUAAACAGGGACUGCAACUCAGUGAGGAAGGAAAAGAUUUUAAGCUUUUAAAAGACCAAAUUGUUGUACAGGCAGGCUCAAUAAAGGAUGGCAUGGUGCCAGUUCGUUCUGGAGACAAACAGAUGCCAUGUCCCCUCAAAUACCUGUCAGAAGUUUGAAGGGGAGCCUAUUUGCUUGCUUGUGGUUAUUUUCAGUUGAACACCAAAGCACAAUCAUGGCUUGUCUCACCUAACACAGUGUUGCACUUGAUUGCUGCCAAGAGGGUUCACAUCACCAUUCUGGUUUUUAUCUGCACCAGGCAAUCUUAGAAGCAGACACGCUUGUGACACUGCAGCCUAGCAGUCAUUCACAGAACGAAAAGUGUCACAACCCUGAAUAAAAAUCUUUCCUUUAAUAUUGUGAAAUAUUGUGAAGUAGACAUGAAUUAUUGUUACACAUCAUGUUGCUUAUGUGUAGAAAAGAAAUGUCACACAGAAAAUUGAGGGGUUAACUGUGAAUGCAGUCAUUUGAUAGAUAUUUUGAUAACAGAUAUUGUUUGUGUCCAAAAGUGAGUUGGUAUUUGCUUAACCUGCACUUACGGUAAAGCUAUGUUGGAAUGUGUUACAGGACAGGGGAAAAUUCAUAUUAUUUGUUUGAAUUUACCCAUAUAAUUUCAAGGUAAUUUUUUAAUUGCUGAUGGGUAGAGUUUUUUUGGAUAUAUAUUCAACUUACCCUUUGCAUUUUGUUUUGUUUGCACACCCACUUUUUGUAACAAGUGUGCUUUUUCUCAAGACUUAAUUUGCUCUUGAUUAUUUAUUUGUGCUCCUACAUAUAUUUUAAACCAUCACAGUAAUACUGCCUUGUAUAUAAUGCUCUUGUUUGUAAAUAAGAUACCAUAGAUUAAGUAUUUCAGUACCAUUUAGAACUUAGUUUAUACAUAAUUGAUCAAAAAAUAUUUUUAUGAUCAGCUGAUUGUGUGUUCAGGGUGAAAUUUGGUAAGCGAAGAAUCCUUGUGAUGUUUUGAAUUAUUGGAAAUCACUGAAAUGAUCAUACCUCACUGUUGUGUUUACCCAUCCUGUUGUUGUCUGAUUGUUUUCAUGAUGAUUUUACAGUUUUAGAAAAUGUUUGCACUCUUGUAUUCAAUCAGGUUACAAAUCAAUUCCCAUGUGAAUUGAUUUUAGUCAAACAGAUAUAUAACAAGUACACACAAUUUUGAAACCAAAAUGGUGACAGCUAAUAUGGUUCAACACAGUCAGGACACAAGAUAUAUUACAUUUACUUUCCUUGAGAGUGUUGAUAAACAAAAGAGUUAAUGUAAGUUUAUAUAUAUAUUUAUUUUAAAAAAAGAUGUAUAUCAAAGAGAAUAGUGUAUAUAGUUAUAUUGCAUCCCAUAUAUUUAUUGUUCUUAAUGGAGAGUCAAAUCUGUUUGAGAAUAUCUCUCAUUUAUACACUUACCUACUAUACAUUUAAUUUUGCAUUAUUGUAACAUUGUCAUUUAACCAAUUAGUUUUGUUUUCCAGUAAAAAAACCCUCUUUUCUCCCAUAACAUGAACACAUUGUUACUUAACAAAAAUGUGAUACUUAUUUACUAUGUAAUCCAGAAAUAUUUUAUUGAUCACUUAGUUUGAAGUGCCAGUAUAAGUAUAUAUCAGUUUUCUUGAACAAUUUUACAUGAAAAUAUUUGAGAAAGACACUCACAAAAGUAUACGAGUUAUCAGGUUUACGAAAGCUGAGCAUAGAUAUGGAAGCUUUGUGUGCAAUAUGUGUUAUCAAAUUUUGUAAAAAAAAAA